AUCUCUUUGGAAAAUUCUUGUUAUUGGUUUGAGUGAAGAAGCUCCGGUUGCUGAGAUCGAAUAGAAGCUACCGAAAAUGGCCGAUUCGCAAUCAGGCGGAGAAGAAAAAGUAUCACCGGCUACAGCUGUCUUACUUGGAGCUUUAGCCCCUGGUGUUAACGCUCCUACAUGGAAUGCCCUAAAAUCAGCAUUUGUGAUGUUGGGUCUCUCUCUUAUUGUGAUGAUGGUUUUGGCAAUCACCUCUAGUGAUUCUUUCAUGGCGCUUCAUGUCGCCUUACUUGUUAUUAUCACUGCCACUCUCUUCGCUCUUCUCAGCUGGUUUCUUGCGGAGACUGGUUUGGUUUCGAUUGAAAGCCAAAUGCAAGACAUGAACUUGGUACCAAAUGACAAAGACAAUAAGAAAAGUAAUUGACUGUUCUAGUUUCUUAUAACAUGGCAAGUAAAACAUCAUCAUGUUUGGAUUGAACAAGCCUUUUUUAAAGGGUCUUCUCAUUACAAUUCAUUUAAAAAAAAAAAAGAAAAAGAAAAAGAAAGACUAAUAGGAAAGUUUGUUUUGUUUUCUUUUUCACUCAUUCUUGCUAUCUUUCUCCAUGUGCUUGCUCUUUUUGGACUUGAUGAAACUGAAACACGAGCAACAUGGGAGUUGACACAAGAAUUUCAUUUUUUCAUUGAUGCAAUGAUUUCGAAUUUCGAAACUUAUCUAUUUAGAGUGCUACGGUACUUUAUUUGAUUUGGUA